AUGAGCUCCAUAAAAUUUCAUGAGAAAUCCUUGAAAGAAGUCACUCGAUGGAUUCAAGCUAACGAAGACAUCAAUACAGAAACUUCACUUUCCAGUUCUAGUGAUUCAAGCACGACGAUUCCUGUAAUAGACCACCUACCAGCAAGAAUCCCGUAUGCUACCGAUUUGAAACGAAAUCCGUGUCACUUUCAGAAAUGCCUUAUAUCAAGACUUGCUACUACAAAGAUGUUAUCUCAUGCGGUUGAUGGUGGAGAUAUUGAAGUUAUGGGGAUGCUAGUAGGAUACACUAGCAAUGAUAUGAUAGUUGUCAAGGAUUGCUAUUCUUUACCUGUUCAAGGAACUGAAACAAGGGUUAAUGCGCAUAUGGAAUCAUAUGAAUAUAUGGUCCAGUAUUUAGACGCAUUUGUCACAAAAGAAGAUAAGAUAGUGGGCUGGUACCACUCUCAUCCAGGAUAUGGUUGUUGGUUGAGCAAUAUCGACAUCCAAACACAGUCUUUAAAUCAAAAUUACCAAGACCCGUACCUUGCCAUAGUGGUCGAUCCCAAGAAGUCUUUAUCCGGAAACACUUUGGACAUUGGAGCAUUUAGGACACUGCCGUCUAAAGAUAACAACGAGCAUGUUGAUUAUUAUCCACUUAACAUUCAAUUAUAUCAAAACUCACUUGAUGUUAACAUUUCAAAAUUAAAAUUGAAAUUCAAGGUAGAUCCAGCAAUUCAGAACAAUCCUAACGAACCGGAACUAAUGAAAGAGCUACAUGAAUGUGUAGAGAAUUGGUUUCAUGCCAAAAAAGUGAUGAAGUCAACUGUAGGAUUCAAUGCUAUCGGAUCCACCGUGGUUAAUGAAACUGAGAUAGGAAAUGAAGAUUUUACACACGAGAGGUCCAAUUCAAUCUCCUCGACCUCUUCCUUAACCACAAGGCAUACUACUGAUGUAGAAAUGGAUGAUCAAGAGAGUGCUCAAAGUAGUCUUGAUAUACCGGCCAAUGUGAUACCUGGCAUGCAGUUUCAGGAGGCAGAGAUAAAGCAUGAAUACGAACUGAAGAAGAAGAAACUACUCUUAUUGAAGGUUAAGCAAUAUCAAAAGUUAAGGACCUACAGACAACUAUUUAAUGCAUCCGAAUAA